AUGCUCCUUCUUGGAUUUGCUUGUUUUUUGCCUAGGCGUUUCCUUCAAAUCCAAGAAAAUUAUGCUCUAAAAUCGACUGAGGGUCUGUCGAUUUGGUUCAUCCUCAUCUGGCUUGGUGGUGAUGCGUUUAACCUUCUUGGCGGAUUACUUCAAGGGGUGUUGCUUACAAUGUAUUACAAGGAUGGACAGCCGCUCGUUCAGGAAAAUUCAGAGGCUGUGACAGAGAGCACGCCUCUUGUAAGCAACCAGACUUCUUCUGUGUAUAUCAUAUCGCACAUACCUGUCCGUCUUGCGGAAAAGUUUGAGGAUUUACUAGACUACUUGACACCUCACCAAGUCGCCUUUAUCAAGUAUGUUUUCACAACGCUGUUUGUUAUCAUUGUUGGCGUUGUCGCCUACUUUGCUGCUGAUACCUAUACGACAUCGAUCUCUGCCGCCAAAAUGCUAUGGACUUUUAAAAAUUCCACGCAGCAAGUCUGGCAUCUGCGUUGGGAUGCUCAGCUUCUGGGGUGGCUGAGCGCUGUUCUGUAUUUGACUUCGCGUAUUCCCCAAAUUUUCAAAAACCGUCACACGAAGUGUGCAGGCCUAAGUCUGGCUCUCUUUAUCUUUGCUUUGGCUGGUAAUGCAACUUAUGUCCUCUCUAUACUGCUUAAGGAUAUGUCUUGGCCCUACUUGGUUGAAAAUAUGAGUUGGAUCAUGGGCAGUGUGGGCACCAUAUUCCUCGACUUCAUCGUCCUGUAUCAGUUCAUUAAGUAUGCACCUGAGCGACGCAGGAUUGAGUCUAAUUAUCCCCACCACUUGUAA